AUGAACGUCAAGCUCAUUCUCAGUCCUCUUGUUCUCCACGAUCAAAGUCCCCCCACCCCAAGCAGUCACGAUCCCAAUAGAUUUGUCUUCUGUGGGUGGGUGGCUCAGUCAGUUAUGGCUCUUCCCGCUACCCAACAGGAAACGACCCCACAAGGGUCACCACACUAUGGAGACAACAACUUCCCUCCUCUAUUACCUAACAUACAUCCAUCAACCCAACCAAACGCCCCCACACAUGCUUUACCUACUACCACUCCCAUCACCUUUGCCUCCUUGGUCGACCCUGAAAAACAACACUCCCUCACGCGCAUAGAACGCGUACUUGGUUCAGAUGACCCAUAUGCCAUUCCUACGGAAUGUCGGUUUGGUACUUCCCCCCACUCUGUUUUUUACGAUCUGCCCCAAUCUGAUGACUCGUUCAUGGCCGCCUUCUGGACAGCAAUUCACGCCGCUUUCUCUGAGGAGGAAGCUUUUGCUGAAGUUACCUCUGUGUGCAAUAACACACACAUCGUCGAACUUUACCUUGAAUCUGACACCCUUUGCAAUCAUGCAUGUGCCAAACCCAUUGUCGUCCAAGAUUCCGUUAUUCUCGCCCACCGUGCCAUUUCGUCUUCUGUUAUGAUGAUGAAACUCAACAUCACUGGUCUUCCUCGCCUCUCCCGCCCCUGCCUUAACGAACUUAUCCGUUCUUCCCUCUACUCUUUCAGCAUCAUCAAGGAGGUCGUUAUUUACCUGGAGAACAGGUUCUUUACUGGAUCUGGCUACGUGUACCUGGAACGCCCACCUAACCAGGAUCGUGUUUACUCUCCCCUGGUUCACAAGAUUCCCUGCGAAGGUUAUGGUCAUGUUUUCGGCACUUGGGCCAAGAUGGGUCCCCAUUGCAGAUACUGUAAGGCCAUGGGCCACGUUCUGGCUGACUGUCCCACCCGCCCAAUCAAAUCUCGCACUUGUCACGCCUGUCAAGCCAUCGGCCACCUUCAGGCAACCUGUCCCCGUAUCAACAACCCUCAUCCCAACAACAACACCAGUAACAAACGCAUCCGUAAACAGCCCCGUCGUGAAUCCCAGUCCACCCCCGCCCGUACACAAACUCUUCCCCCUGUCCUUCCCGCACUACCCAAGCGAAAGAAAAAGUCUGCUCCUCAUACACCGCCUGCUAAUCAGUUUGACAUCUUGGGCAAGUCUGCAGCCAAGAUUGAGGCCGAACUUGCACAGCUAUCCACUCAUGACCCUUACCAACGAGUCCUCCGCGCAGCAUUGAAAAACAUUACCGACAAAUCAAACCGUGACAUUCCAUACCAAGAAUAUGAUCCUAACAAGGACGACUUGGCUAUGGAUACUCAAGACAGCGAAAACGGUGCUGAAUCCGAAUCCUCUAGUGACAGCAAUAAUGCUGACAACGACCAACAUGGCUCACUUAUGACAGGAACACUAAACUGUAGAGGGCUUGCAAAAUUGCAAGACCCCCAAAGACGAUCCUUAUUUAUUCAAUACCUCCGCUCCCAACAUCUCGACAUACUCGCCCUCCAAGAAACCCAUGCCACCACAGAAGCUCUUCAACAGACCUUCCAACAUCAAUUCCAUUCCUCAUCUACAUUAUGGUCGCCCCAUUGCGGCCUAGUCUCUCUUUCCCCCUUUCUAAUGUUUACUGACCCCUUAUUCACCAUGUGUGGUCGCAGCAUUACAGCUACUGUCACUCACUCCAACAAUCUCUUCCCCCCCAUCCGUAUCUGCGUUGUAUAUGCCCCAUCCACCCCAAGCCAUAGACAUAAUUUUCUUACAUCACUUCUCAACAACCCUCACUUUAUCCCACUUCUCCCCUCCCGAUUUAUUCUUUUGGGUGACCUUAACUAUAACUCUCUGCCCUCUAUAACCACACCCACAACUCGCACCCCAAAGGCCCCACAUGAAUGGCUUCAGUUUGUGCGAUCUAAUCUACAUGACUGUGUCACUCCAACAGAGGAUCUUUCUCUUCAUGCCUAG